AUGGUGCUCGAUUGUCGCAACUUAGCAACUCUAGGUCUCUUGGGCAAGCUUAUCAAGCGUAUACGCCCAGAUAACUUCGAUAAGCUCAUCCGCUACUUGUCAACCUGGUCGGGAACAGACAAAUUCUUUAUGCUCAUUCAAUACGUUUCUAAGCUUGUCGUAUGGUCUUCCAGCAAAUCAAACAGUGCACGCGGACUGUCCGCAUCGGCGCGUUCUUUAGGUAGUCUCGUCGGUGAUCAUCGCGUUUUGCUCCGUUUAUGGGGACUUCUCCCUAUGCUUCAGUGGGCAGAAUCCAUUGAAUCUGAGCGUAAAGUGUCAAAGCUAUCGCUCAACGUAGAAAGACUGCAAGCACUUUCAAUGAUUAUAUACUUCCCUUUAGAGCACCUCUGGUAUUUGGCACAUCAUGGUGUUUUACCUCUCAAGCCUGCAACUUCGGGUAAAAUCGCAACAUGGUCUUGCCGAUUCUGGAUGAUUUACACGGUACUUCAGCUCGUCCACAACUACGAUAAUCACGCUCUUCUGCUGAAGGACAAGCAGAGAGAUGUCCAAGAAGAGAAAGGCGUCAAUAAGCUUGCUUUAGAUACUCAGUACAAAGCAAUUGUCGACGAUACCAUCAUUAACCUUGCUUAUCUUCCCCUGACACUGCACUGGUCUUUACCAACUGGUAUCUUCUCAAACGAUGCUUGGGUUGGCUUAUUUGGUUCUGUAGCUGCCUUGACUCAGUUCAAAGUGGGCUACAGCAAGGCAUAA